GGCGUGAGCUGAGCUCACGUCUUCUUCAGCUUCUCCAGCAACACUGGGAUGAGACGUGUGGAAAAUGGUGGAAAAAUGAGCUCCUCUUCUUGAAACAGACGGUUUGGAAGGCAGGCAGUGACCACGUCGGACCCGUUGUUUGGUUUUCGGCGCCGCUCGCGCUCAUUCUCUCUGAAUGGACGUAAAAAAUAUUUCGCAGUCUUCUACUUUGCAUGCAGCCCGCGUGAAGUCAGGGAUUUAGUCCACCGAUCCUUGGCAUGUGUGCACUUUUUGGCGAGCAGUUUUGUGUCUAAAGACAGUGUGGAUUGUCUUUUCGCCUCCACGCUCGGGAGGCGGUGUUUGGCCGAUCUUUCAUUUUGUCCGCAGGAUGUUUUGAGCGGCUGCCGUCUUUGCGGGGGGUUUGCUCACUGCGCACAGCCUCUCUGCGCUGCCGCUCCUCUCGCGCACGGCCGAGGAGGGACAUCGGCUUGUAAAACCUGGAAAUACGGCAAUAAAUGACGAUGUCCGUCCCAGAGAAAUCUGGAUCGGAGGGGAAGGAGGAGGAGAGCGAGGAUGAGAGCGAGAUCCUGGAGGAGAGCCCCUGCGGCCGCUGGCAGAAGCGCAAAGAGCAGGUGAGCCAAGGUAAUGUCCCUGGUGUGGAAAGUGCUUCUUUGGCCAUGGACACGGAGGAGGGUGUGGAGGUGGUAUGGAACGAGGUGCUCUUCUCAGACAAGAAGGUCUUCAAAGCACAGGAGGAGCAGAUCAAAGAGAUGUUUGAGAACCUGAUGCAGGUUGAACAUCCCAACAUCGUCAAAUUCCACAAGUAUUGGUUAGACAUGAAGGAGACCCAGGCUCGGGUGAUAUUCAUCACAGAAUAUAUGUCAUCAGGCAGCCUCAAGCAGUUCCUGAAGAAAACCAAGAAGAACCACAAGACCAUGAAUGUGAAGGCAUGGAAGAGAUGGUGCACCCAGAUUCUCUCUGCCCUCAGUUAUCUGCAUUCUUGUGACCCACCAAUUAUCCACGGCAACCUGACGUGCGACACCAUCUUCAUCCAGCACAACGGCCUCAUCAAGAUCGGCUCAGUGUGGCAUCGGCUAUUUGUUAAUGUGUUCCCAGAUGCCAGCGUCCACGGUAAAGGGAGGCAACACCGUGAUGAGCAAAGGAAUCUCCAUUUUUUUGCUCCAGAAUAUAGUUCUGGUGAAGAUGAUUAUGCCAUUGAUAUUUUCUCCUUUGGGAUCUGUGCCCUAGAGAUGGCAGUACUUGAAAUUCAGGCCAAUGGAGACACUGCUGUGUCAAAAGAGGCAAUUGCCAAUGCAGGUCAAUCUCUGGAAGAUCCUCUCAUGAGAGAGUUCACCCAGUCCUGUUUGCGCCACGAGGCCAAGCUCCGCCCUACUGCACACGAUCUUCUCUUCCACAGAGUGUUGUUCGAGGUCCACUCCCUCAAAUUGCUUGCUGCCCACUGUCUCAUCAACAAUCAGUACUUGCUUCCAGAGAACUGUGUAGAGGAGAAAACCAAGUCCUUUGAUCCCAAUGCUGUCAUGGCGGAGAUCAAACAUGACGACAGACCGGGAGUCCAACUCAAAUACUCCCACGUCUCCCCUUUGGAACUUGACAAGUUUCUGGAGGACGUCAAGAAUGGAAUUUACCCCUUGAUGAAUUUUGCAUCAACACGGCCACACCCCUGUCCCUCGUGCUCUCUCUUGUCUCAGGAGCAGGUAGAGACAGUCAAGACCCCAACUCCAGAACCCCAGGAGACUGAGACAAGAAAGGUUGUUCAGAUGCACUGUAAUUUGGAAUCAAAUGAAGAAGGGACCAAAACUCAUCUGUCCUUGUUUCUGAAGAUGGAUGACAAGCUUCAUCGGCAGCUUAGCUGUGACAUCCUUCCAACUGACACAUCCAAAGACCUUGCCAAUGAACUUGUUCACUACGCCUUCAUCAAUGAGGAGGAUAGUGAGAAGGUAGCUGGGUUCCUGGAGGACGCUAUCAGUCGACACCGGGUCCGAGCACUCGCCUCUGUGAGUACACAGUGAGAAAGGGUCACGACAGCAGACGGCCCCAACAGAAGGGCUUGGGGGCGUUGACCACACAGAUCACGGAAUGGGCAGCGGGGGAGCAUCACACGGCCGAAUGCAGAGGGAGCUGACCAAGCUGGGGAUAUGGGGGUAAACAGAGAAGGAUGCUGGGCCUUGAUGGUAAAUCAUCCAAGAUGGAAGGGACAGAAAGCUGGAACUGAAAAUGGAACCGAAGAUACCUCUGGCCGAACGACCAGAGGCAGCAAGGCUGUGUUCAGUAAUCUCACAAAGCAGUGGCAGAUUGAUGAAUUCCCUGCCAAAAAGGGCUAUCACGCCUUAAGGUAUCUCCACAAAACCGUUUCGCAGACGCAGCAGCUACGAAUUCCGGACACUUAAUUUCUCAUAAAUCUCUUGUUUGCACUUCAUUGUCCUAUUUGAUCCGUGAAUAUUUACAGUACUUCAAACCUCCACCUCAUUACAGUUUGUGGAAUUUUUUUAAUAAGAUUCUACCCAACAAGCACUGUUAUUAGUCAUUUAUUUGACUUAUUUAUUUCUGCUUAACUGUGAACCAUGACAGGCCCUGCACAAACCUGCUUCAGUUUUACGAGCUGCAGAAAGACACCGCUCACUUAGGUUAAAGGCUGGUUCCUCGCAGACAGCCAACAUGUAAUGAUGAGCACUGAGAUGAUGCCUGUCUUUUAGCCUGUAGUGCCCUUCAGGCUUUUCUCUACGAAUGCAUUCUGAAAGCCAAAGACUUGCAAAGUGCCUGAUAUGGCAAAUUAGUUUUGACAAAUUAUCCCUGUAAUGUCCCGCUUUUCUCAAGUUUGAAAAUACAUUUUGAAUUCAACUCAUUCAGGCAGAUUUUGAUGCCUUAUUUUGGAUUAUAAUUGGUGCAGUUUCUAUCUGUUCAUGAUGAGUCACAAAAGGUCAUUGUAAAGUCAAACUACUGUUAAGAGCUGCAGCCAAAAUUGGACAUAAAUCAGAUGAGAAAUUCUCUACUGCAGUCCAUGUUAUCGGCUGUGCCCCAAUUCAAGGGCUGCAUCCUUCGAAGGUCAAGCCUUCAGACACCAAGGAGGCCGAAAUAAAUCAUUCUGAAAUGAGACGGUCUCGCCCAUGGAUUGUUUUACUAUUGUGUCAUUGGUGUUUCCCACCUCUGACCCAUGUCACCUAGCAACUUUGACAGCUACAUGCAACAAGCUAGCACAGUGGGUGUAACCAGUAGUUCAGUAAUCAUAUUUCAAUACUUAUUUUUGCUUAUAAACAUUAUUUAUUUACAAUUGAGUAUAUGAAGCCAAAAGUUGUCCUUUUUGUUUUUAGUCCUUGGGACUGAAGGUCCAAAAGGACUAAUGCCAUUGAAAUUGAUCCCCAGUGGGUGGUGCACUGUCAAAACUUCUUAUCAAUAACCUUUUAAAGAAAUUUCCUGAAAUUUGGUGGGGAACUUCCUUGGUGAAGGUUGGACUUAUGAAAUGAAUCUCCCUGGAACUCCCAGAGCCAUCCAGAAGGGCAAAAAAUAUUUUUCUGAAAUUUUGUACAAACAAUCUUUGGGGAACUGUCUGAUCAUGACAAGGUGGACUUUCUCACUGAAUCCCUAUAGGCCCCCAAGAAGGACAAAAAUUUUUUGCAAUUUUUCACACUUUGAUUUAUUACAGAAAAUUCUAUUCAUAGCAUUUUUCUAAAAUGUGUUACAGAUAUUUCUUGGGUGACUGUCUGGUCAUAGUAAGUUGGACUUUCUCAUUGAAUCCCUGUGGACUCCCCAGUUGGGUAAUCAAUUUCAGGCAAAUACCUACAAAUGUCUUACUUAAUGCCACUUUCUCCAUAUUUUGUCAAAAUUACUCUUUAUUUGUCCAGAAGACUUUAGUUUUCCUUGGCCCAGUUUUUGUUUUUAAUUUACAAACCAUUUUGUCUUGGGGGAGGGGGAUAAAUUGCGCAAUGACUCCUGGGAUUGUUGGGCCUGCUUAGAAUAUACCUGUUAUAUGAUUCGUUUUUUGGGAGAAGGCUGCAUUUGUCGGCCUAGUCCCGUGGACUAUGCAGGUCCCUGAAUUGAGACACAGCUUUAUUUUGGGAACAGAAGCAGCUCAUGUAAAUGUAAAAAACUAAAUUAAAAUAAACUGGAGUGCAUCCCAAGAAUGUGAUGAAAUAACUGCUUCAGCCAUGUUGACAUUAUUGCGAUAAAUCAUUUUGCAUUCACUGCACCUCAAUAUGGUAUGUGCAAUGUGUUGUAACGGUCUUAUGUGAUGGUAUGUGUCACGCUGCACAUGUGGGUUGUAUAAAUUUUAAUUGAGACUGACACUUGCACUGAACAAUGUGGUGCACAGAUCAAAAACGCAGAUUUUUUGCAAUAAUGUGCAUGUAAUGGUAGUCUUACAUAUUUGAGAAAAAUUGCCGUUAAAUAAAAAGAAAAAAAAAGAUUUGAUGUCUUAAUGAUUAGUAGUUAAAAUUGCCAUUCUGCUAAUAAAUAUUACUGCUUUUCUUGUUUUUGUUGUAUUUCCAAGCUAUUUGAUGCGCCUUUCUAAUUUAAUUUGUAUUUAGUAUUUCUAGCUAUAAAAUCUACCCAAAUUCCACCACAAAAAAUAUGGUUUUAAAAUUUCUGUCAUUAUGCAAAUAUAUAUUUAGAAAAACGCUUUGUGAUUUCAGUAUUUGUGUUUUGAACAGAACUCUUUUGUUUCAGCACAAGAAUGAACUGUGGAAUCUGUUGCAUUGCAAAAAUAGAAUGUAUAGUUAUCAGCAUACAUAUGUAGACUUUGGCAAAGAUUUUUGUUUUCAGUCUACGUACAUCACAAAAGUUAUAGUUGAAAGCAAAUAAUAGGGGCUUCUACAGUGGUGCAGAACAGUAUGUCAACUCUGUCCUUUCCACCUUUUUAUUAUUUAAUGACAUCCACUCAGUAAAGUAAACCAGAAUUUGUUUUAUAUAUACAUUUAAAAAAAGUUUUUAAAUGUGCUUUUUAAUCUUAGUUAUAACAUCACCAAAAUGAAAUUGAAAUAUAAAAGCUAAUUCAUCACUUUUACAGCCAGUUGUCUUUAGGCAAUGCAGAGGGAGGAUCCAAGAACACCAGAAUCUUGAAUAUGUAUUAGAGUUCAUUUAAUUCAGUCAUUCUGUAGCAGACGCAUAGAGAAAGUGUGUUACUCUAUUAUAAAUCUGUACUUGGAAAAAUGGGUUACGAGAGAGGAAAGCCACCAAGGUACCAAUUACCACUUCGAAUGGGUUACGAGCUGCAGUUGCUGUGACUGUAGGAACUGUGCACAACUUUUGUCUAUUGCAUCACCAGUUGCAUACAUAGCUUCAUGGAAGAGCAGAACAGAUGAAAGAAUAAAGCUUAGAUUUCAUAUGUUUUCACUGAAUAAAGACCUCUGUUCCACUCUACAUUGAAGCUAUGGCUGGUUAAGCAACAGCAAAACGUACUCUGUGCACAGUAUCUCUGAUCAACCACAUAAGGCUAUAACUGUCUUGGUGCUUCCCUCACUAUUCUCUUUCAUACACACUUAGUCAUUUUUGAGGACAGUGUACGCUAGAGAUGUUUACCACAGUAAUGUGCUGUCUAUUUAUUAAUGAUUAAUAUAUUAGAUUUCACAAUAUUCAGUGAUUUGUAAAUGUUUCUAUAUCCAUCCUUUGACUUUUCUAAAGAAAACUGGUUUUAAAAGUGGUGAUUUCCUUGGGUUCUAAUAAAGGUUUCACAUAUUUUUGCAUUCCUUUAUUUGGGCUUUGAUAUUUUAUUAUUUUUAUAUUUCAUUUGUCUUUACAGUGAGUUUUAAGUGUGUAGUUUUAUACAUUUUAAUGUAGAAACACCCAGGUUUUUUUUAUUAAAAAUGUUCAGUUUCUAGCACCACUGUAGAAACUAUUGCUAGAAACGGUGGUGUAGAAAUACCACUGUUUCUAGCACCACUGACUGCAAGAUUUAAUUUGAGGGUAAUUACAUUUAAUUGGGGAAAUUGUGUAGGAAUUACAAAUUUGUGUGCUGCCAAGUUGUCAUUUUGAUGGCUUCCCUCAUGAGUAUCCUUCAUGCAGUUUUUGGGGGCAACCUCCUCUUGUCAAAUUGGCCAGCAUGCUCGCAGUUUUAAUCAAACUCCCAUAAACAAUAUAAGACUUGAAAUCAGCUGCUGGUCUUUUUUCCUGAUUUAUCUUGAAACAUUGAGGGGAAAAACACACUUGGCUGCAAAAGAACAGAAGCCACUUGUCUACUUUUGGUAUUUUAAAAGGGGUUUCCCACCUUUUAAAAAGUGCUGUAAUUUCUCAUGAUUUGGAUGGAGUUAUUGUGAAAGUUGACAGUGUAUUCUGAACUCAUGCAUUUAAUUUCAGAUUUUAGGCUAAAGUAAAAAGCAGAAACAAUGCCUUUGACUGAAACUGUCAAAAGCCGGUGUCGCAGACCGAAUGAUCCCCCCUAUAAAUUGGUCUGCCCUGCCUCCACUGCACAUGCAUCAUUUCAGAGCUCAGCAGCUCGUCUGAGACGGAGUCUCUUCACCCAAAGUGAUCAAAUGGAUUAUGGGAUUAUUAACCAUCAGAUGAUAAAGGUAAAAUCUCUUAAAUCAUUCUAAAGUCAGUUUUAAGCAGAAACAAGGCUGUUUUAAGCAGAAACGAGUUGAUAUUUAGUUACAGUUUGAAAUAACGGACACAGUGAACGCAACAGCUAGCGGCUCGUGUAGCUGCGGCGCUCUGAUCGCUUCCUCUGUCCUUUAUGAUGAAAUAAUGCUGAAUUUAUGUGGAAAUAAUUGUUCUACAAAAAUUUCAGAUACCUGUCGCUGAGACAGGUGAUGACUGGAGUGCAGUUUUAAGCAGAAACAAUGUGCUAAUCCGUGAACCGCGCUUGAUGACGCAUGCGCAAUGAAAGCAGGGCAGAUCGAUUUUUGGUGGGGUGCUGUUUGGUUUGCUACACCGGUCUUUGUCUCAGCUCCUCCAAAGGGUCAUUUGUAAUUCGGUCUCAUGCACGCCUAAGUCCAAAUGUCAAGACCGAACUUUGGAACUGGACUUGAGUCCUACAGCCCUGAUGACCAUGUCGGGUCAUGUUGUUUGGGUAGAUUUUUUUUCUUUCCUGUUCAUUUUUUUCUCCCCCUUUAUGGACCUCGAUAGCGAAACAUUUUGGUUUGUCUGGUUGGACUUCAGCAGUCGAUUGCUGUUUGUCAGAAUCACCUGCCUGUACAUCAUUUAUUUGCCAGGUUUGUAAAAUUUUAUACUGCUGUACAGUCACUGAUUUACAGUAAUGUUCUGUUCUGUCGAGCCUCCCGACCAACGUCUCUGACUGGAGAUCUGAGUUCUGCCAGACAUUCACUUAAGAGGUUGUGGUGUACAUAUUUGGUUUUGGCUCUUAAAUGGAUUACUUAUAAUGCAAACCAGUGCCACUGUUGCUCUCAUCUAUAAACUGCAUGUCUCAAUAAUCUGCAACUGUUCAGAAAUUUGCAUUUUGCCUUUUAUCAGUCUCAAUUCAGUCCCAGAGGGGACCAGACCAAGAAAAUGAAUGUUUAAACUGAGCAAACAUUAAAAUACGUCCAUAUCAGUCGCAUUUUUUUGGCAGUUUAUUUUAGUCCUGCAAAUCUCUUGAGUGAAACUUGGCUUUGGAUGUGUUCUACCUAAAACAUUUGUUUAAUAUUGUAGCUAUAAUAGUUAAAGACAUGAAAAUAAACUGUAUGUGAUGUAACAGUU